ACAGGCCUAAUAUUUUCAAGUGGGAGAACUUGCACAAUUAGUGGUUGACUAAAUACUUUUUUGCCCCACUGUACACAUAAUCCUCUAAACUGACAAUGAGUGCUUGGCUUGACCUUUUAUCUGGCGCUCAUUCAACUCAUUGGCUGCUAAAAUACCAGACGUCCAAUCCAUUUUGACUGCGAAUGACCACUGCAAACACUCCCUGUUAAAAUGGAUCGGAUUGCUAGGGUCAUCAAUUUCAGUGAAACAUGAGCCUUCGCAGACAGUCUUCCCAGUUUAAAUGAAGUGGACACUUAAACAUGAUGAAAUAAAAAACCCAAAAAUCUUUAGAGUGGUAUUAGAAGUCAUAACCACUGUUUUCUUGUUUUUAUUAACAAUUUAAUCAAUUUGUAAAUUUAUUCAUAAAAAUAUUUUAAACAUAAUAUUUAGAAAUACAAUAAAUGCAGAGUUGGCAUACGCAUACUGUAUGUGGAAAUCACAUUUUGGGUCAUGUACAAAGUAAGUCACACACUUGAACACUAAAUUUUAAUAAAAUGUGAUGUUCACAUAAGUGGACGCCAGGUCAUUAUGGGGCUAAGAUUUUUCUUUUUUUUAAAUUACCAAGUUUAAGGAUUAUAAAGUUAAUGUUUUGGCGUGACCAUCAAAAACUGCUGAUAUGAAUAUUAUUGAAUAUUUAUGGGUGAACCUCGGCUGGAUUCUGUCAUUAAGAAUGGGGCAAAAUUUUCCCCAACAAUUGCGAAGAUUAUCCGAAAUGUUUGAUGCAGGUCAAGCAGUUUAAAGAUACACAACGUCUAUUUCCUAAGUAUUUCUUGCCCACGCCAACUGCUUCUACUCCUAAUCUUGUACAAAAUCACUUUAAUAGCCUGCCUACAUUCUAUAUCCAUUCUUGAGCGAAUGUGACACGCAUGUUCUCGUUAAAGAAGCAAAAUUUUAAUUUUCAUCCAGAACCCCCCUAAAAAAAUCCCUUGAAAACUUGUGCUUUUUCACACCAAAACAUUUGUUGUAUAAAUGUAAGUAAAUAGCUAACUGAGAAGGACUGUCUGUAUCUAAGAGCGAUUUAUGUACCCACUGUAUGUAACCUUUGUGAUCAGUUCCCCAAACAGCUGCAUCAUGGAGGUGGAGUCUUCUCAUCAGGCUCAUCAGCAUUUGACCAUUGGUAGGGUUACUGGACUUCAGCCUCAUACAAAGCAACCGGUCCGUCCAUGGCGUCAACAGCAUGCUUGAGUGUGUUCAUAAUAUUGCUCUUCGUCUUCAGCUCGACAUCAUUGGCAUCAGUCUUCUUGGAUCCAAAUAAAGCACGCAAUGUCUUGGUGCGCACCAGGAGGUUCAACUCAGGCUGGCUGGAGGAACUGCAAAAGGGCGAUCUGAAGAGGGAAUGCUUGGAGGAGAAGUGCUCAUAUGAAGAAGCACGGGAGGUGUUUGAGCAUCAAGAGGCCACGGACGAGUUCUGGAGGACAUACAGUAUUCCAGACAGCUGUGAGUCGAAUCCCUGCUUGAACGGAGGAACAUGUUUGGUUUUGACGGCGUCUUACAACUGCCUUUGUCCACCUCACUUUAGUGGUCUUAACUGCGAGCACGACGACCGUGUCGGCCCAGUCACGUGCCUUCUAGAGAAUGGCGGUUGUGAGCACUUCUGUGAAGAAGUCGAGAGUGGCGGAGGACUCAGGUGUUCUUGUGCAGAUGGAUACGUUUUGAAUUCUGAUGGCCAGAACUGUGUGGCAAAAGAAUCUAUACCGUGUGGCGUGACUCCAGUCCUUCUGGAUCAGAACAAUACCAAUCACCUUGACCCUCGUGCUCGGAUUGUGGGCGGAAAAGAGUGCCCAAAAGGCGAAUGCCCCUGGCAGGUGCUGCUGCUUUAUAAAGGUAAAGGGUUUUGUGGUGGAGUAAUCAUUGAACCCAUGUGGAUCCUCACAGCAUCUCAUUGCUUGGAAGAUACUGAUUUGCAGUUUCUAGAUGUGGUUGCAGGUGAACACAACACAGCGGUAGAGGAGGGAACAGAACAGGUCAUCCACGUGUCUCAAAUCCUAAUGCACGAGAACUACGUAAAGGCGACGGCUGACAACGACAUCGCCCUGCUACGACUGGCCUCGCCCGUGAUUUAUACGCCAUAUGCCGUGCCGGUGUGCCUGCCCACUAAAUCUUUGGCUGAUCGUGAUCUUUGGGCUAUCCACAUGCACACGGUAAGCGGUUGGGGACGGAGAGCGGAGCAUGGUCCAACAUCACAUAUCCUGCGUCGCCUCAGGGUGCCUCGCAUACGUACCCAACAGUGCAUUGAAGAAAGUGGUGUGAAGAUCACGAAAAAUAUGUUUUGUGCCGGAUACCUUAUGGGCCGUGAGGACUCAUGUAAAGGAGACAGCGGAGGCCCUCUUGUGACGCAGUACAAAAAGACCACAUUUUUGUUGGGCAUCGUGAGCUGGGGGAAGGGCUGCGCCCGGCCAGGCCAUUAUGGUAUAUACACGCGAGUCUCCAACUACCUGCGGUGGAUACAUAACCACACAGUGACACUACAAAUUUCAAACGGCACACAAUUUCCACUGCAUAAUCUGACCACCUGAGCGCUCAUUUACCAAUCAUCCACCAUAUACAUUUAUCAGACACAUCAAGUAUUUUUUUUGUGUUGUGUAUUCAUUUUCUUCAAGAUUAUUGUAAUACCUGACCUAAUUGGAGUUCAAUAUUCACAAAUUUAACUUUUAGUAUUUUCCAUAUGGAAUCUGAGUUAUUUAAAAAAAGUCACCUGUUUUCAUUUUUUGUGUGCUUUUUCUGAAAUACUCAAGUACAAGCACAAGUAGCACAAAGUGGCAUCAAAAUUGAUUUUACAUUGGCUUGAUGACAUAUACAUUAAAUCACUGGUAUUUGUAUAUGGAAUUUGCACCCGCUUGUGUAAUAUAAUAUUUUGCUAAUAAAUAUUCAUUUGAAAGUCCA